AUGGAUAAUAGCUACAGCAUCUGGUGCAUGGCAGAGCAUGCUCCCCAGGCAUCCUUGGUUGUCAAUGAAACCGGCCCCUCCUCCGAGAUUGCGGCACUGAUAUCCCUUCACAACACCGCUGUCUCUGAUGUCUCAGGUCGACGCUUGGUCAUUUCCCGUCAGAAUAACUCCAACUACCGCAUCGCCAAUGUCAGUCGCCUGUGGGAGCCCCUCUCCUACCCACUUCUAUUUCCCCAUGCUACCCUUGGAUGGGGCCUCUUUGGCUCUGUCACUGAUGCGAAUGGUGCAGCGGUUCUUAAUGGGGACAUUGAUCGUGAAGCUACAACAACUCAAAUGUGGCAUUAUCGCGCUCGACUACUUCGUGAAGAGCGUUUCUCCAUCUUUGGCCGUCUCACUUGCGAGUAUUUGGUGGACAUGCAUACACGUGACCUUGAAAGCAGGUUGGCUUUCAUUCAAAGGUCCCUCGAGGACCGUCGAACUCGAGAGGAUGCGCAGUUGAUGGGGGAGGAAGAGGUUGAACCAAACGAGAACAUCUAUCUCCCUGCUUCUUUUCUGGGCUCACGAAAGUGGGCCUCCGAGCAAGUGUCUGACUCGCUGGCCAUUGCUGCUGCUCUCGGGACGCCCACCUUUUUUGUGACAAUGACCUGCAACCCCGAAUGGCCGGAAAUACAGUCGCAGCUUCGCCCUGGCCAAGACUACUCCGAUGUCCCAUUAGUCGUUGUACGCGUCUUCAAGCAAAAGGUCCGCCAACUCCUGAAGGCCCUGAAAACCAUGUUCCCUAAUGCAGGCUCCCCUAUCUACACCAUCCAGUGUGUCGAGUUCCAGAAACGCGGCCUACCUCACAUCCAUAUUCUCAUCAAAUACCGCCGCGACUGUUCUACUCCCCAGCACAUUGAUAGUGUAGUCUCUGCUGAGCUACCAAACGACCCAGUGGAUCGUGAACUCAUUCAGAAGUUCAUGAUGCAUAAUCACCCGCCCGAGAAUCGUCCCCCCUCGACAUAUUGCCAGAGAGAGCAAGCUGAUGGCUCUCGCAAGUGUCGAUUCAAUUACCCCUUCCCCAUUACCCCUACCACAACCAUCAGUCCCGAAGGACGUGUUUUCUAUCGCAGAAGAUCCGCCCAAGACUGUAUGGUGGUACCGCACUGUCUCCCCUUAAUAAGGAUGAUGAAGUGUCACAUCAACUUCGAAAUCGCUAGCACUUCACACCUCUUCCAAUACCUAUUUCAAGUAUAUUCACAAAGGAUUUUAUUAGGACCCGAUCGAGCUCGUUACCGUAUACUUGAUGACAACAAUCCGGAGGUCAUCAACGAGAUUGAAGACUUCUGGAAUGCGCGGUACUUAUCUGCUGGAGAGGCUGCAUGGCGCAUCCUGGGAUUCAGAAUUACCCAAAAGGACCCCUCUGUGACCGCUCUUCCUGUCCACGAUCAAGAUAACAUCCGGAACCAACGUUACUCACGACGUAGCGAUGAAGGCUCCCUAUCCAAGCUGGAGCGGUAUUUCCUGCGCCCUGACGGGACCUUCCUAUAUGAAGGCCAGACACGCAACUUUGACGACCUCACCUACACCGAAUACUUCACCCUGUUCCGAAUCGAUCCCUACAACCCCGAAAAAGAUGGCCAUCCAAGAUAUUACCGCGAGCGCCCGAAUGGUUUGGACGCUCCCCGUAUGCAUGUCAUCUUGCGUGCCGGUUCCAUUACACAUCUUGCAAGGAUCCAGAACGUGCGACAGACCCAAGGCCAGACUUUCUAUUUGCGCGCGAUUCUAACUCAGAGGGCCGCCAGAUCUUAUGAAGACGUCAGAACCGUCAACGGCGUUCAAUUCAGAACGUACCAGGAGGCUGCCAUUGCAAUGGGUAUCUUCACCGAUGACGACGAAGCUAUCUUUGCGAUCGCCGAAGCCAUUGCAGCAUUGAGGACACCUCGCGAAAUACGUGUUCUCUUCGUGCAUCUCUUGGUCAAUGACUGUGUCCCCGCUCCUUUGUUAGUCUGGGAUGAGUUCUGGGAAUCACUGGCUUACGAUUUUACCCUUCGCAACAACGGCAAUAUCGAUCUUGGGAGGAACGAGGCCCUCCAAGAGAUGGGCCAUUAUCUCGGGGAGUACGGGAAGACACUCAGCGACUACGGACUACCACAGCCAGUGGAACGCAUGGCCGAGCUGACCGCAGAACUUAGGCGUUGGUCGGGUCGAGAACAGGAGCUAAAUGCUCAGGCAGAAGCGAGUAGACGACUUUUUAAUGACGAGCAAAGCCAGGUGUAUGAGACCAUCAUGGAAGCGAUCGAGAUGAAGAUUCCGUUGAGUUUAUUUGUCGAUGGAAAAGCGGGUACGGGGAAAACAACCGUUAUUCGUGCGCUAUGCAAUAAGCUCCGUGCCCAAGGCCGUGUUGUCCUUCCAACAGCGUCGUCUGCUUUUGCCGCUCAACUUUACGAUGGAGGGAGGACCACACACUCUACCUUUAAGGUUAGCGAUAAAGUCUUUCAAGAGAGAAUUGUCGACUCACUUACAUUCAAGGUCCCCGUCAAUGAAAAGAACGAGAUGCUUCAGUCCCCCAUUCGCUCAACAGAUGCCCGUGCUGAACUGAUACGAGAAGCAUCUCUGAUCAUAUGGGAUGAAGCACCUAUGGCAAAUCGAGCGGUUCUUAGUUGCGUCGAUGAUGUUCUGAGGGACGUCAUGGGAACCGACAUACCCUUUGGAGGCAAAGUCAUUGUUCUGCUUGGUGACUUCAGACAAACAUGCCCCGUUGUUCGAGGAGGGUCCCGCGCCGAAGUGGUUGCCGCUUCAAUAAAGUCUUCGCCCCUGUGGAGGUAUUUCACCAUAGCCCGUCUCAUCCACCCCAUUAGGAAUGCCGAAGAUCCUGAAUUUGCGACAUUUGUCAACGCGAUCGGAGAUGGAGGCGGUCCCGACAUACCUUUGACCGGUCUACGCACUGUCACUGAAGAGAGCGACCUGACAUCCUUUGUCUUCCCAGACGAGAUCCUUCUCCAUCCCACCAACUGCGUGAAACGCGCCAUAUUGGCCCCGACGAACAGGCAGGUCGACAGAUACAACACGUUGAUCUUGAACCGUCUUCCCGGUCAUAACAAAACAUAUUACGCGGCCGACAAACUGAAGGAGGUGGAAGAUGCUGAGGUACCAGCCCCGGAGGCGGUGUUGGACUAUGUAAUGCGUCAUACACCGCCUGGUUUGCCUCCUCAUGCCGUGUCGGUGAAGGUGGGGUCCGUUUGUCGACUGUUGCGCAACUUCUCAAUCGAUAGAGGACUCGUGAAGAAUGCUCGGGUUUUGGUGAAGGGAGUAGGCACGCGACUCAUAACCGUUCAAAUUGUGCGUGAGAGCGGGGUGCAAGAAGGCGAAGAUAUCUUGAUCCCCAGGAUAACAUUCGAAGCGAAUUUGUAUUCAGGACAUACACUGUGUCGACGGCAGUUCCCGUUAGCUCCAGCGUACGCGACGACAUUCAAUAGCUGUCAAGGACUCACUCUCGAUCGUGUUGGCAUCGACUUGACUUCGCCGGUGUUCUCCCAUGGACAACUGUACACCGCGAUGUCUCGAAUUCGGAAUCGACACCACGCCAUUGUUCGAAUGGAUGAAGGGCAGGCUUCGACUACAAAUGUAACUUACUUAGAGAUUCUUGAAUGA